GCUUUCUGCGUCCUGCUUCUUUGAAAACCAGACUAGAACUGAUCUCUCCAAUCUAGCCCUCACACAGCAAACCGCCUUGGGCACACACCAAUAUGCCUAGUAUCCCGUUCAUCGGGAGGUUGCACCUACAGGAAUAUCUGGCGCUGCUUGGAUCUUUUGUUCUGAUCGGCCUGGAAGUCAUCAUCAGAGGCAUUACUCUCGCUCUCCCGGGUCCUAUCAUCCGCUUCUUCUACAAUCUUUCGCGUAAAAUAUUCAACUCUCUCUCGGGUGCUCAAGGGCGGAGGUCGAGGAAUAGGAAGAAGGCCAUCUCAUCACCAAUUGCUCAAGCAUCGGAUUUUGUCGAGCUCUGUGAGCUUUUUGGUUAUUACGCCGAGGAGCAUAUCGUCCAGACCAAGGAUGGAUAUUUACUAGGACUACAUCGACUAGGCUGGAAGCGUGGUGAAGAAGACCAAAGAGUGAACAGUGGCGAGGGUAGCAUCCAGAAAAAAGUCGUUUACCUUCAUCAUGGUCUCAUGAUGAACAGUGAGGUCUGGGUCUGCUUGACCGAGAAGGAGCGCUGCCUGCCUUUUGUUCUUGUCGACCAAGGCUAUGAUGUCUGGCUAGGCAACAACCGUGGUAACAAGUAUUCCAAGAAGAACGUUCAUCAUUCUCCCACAAGUGCUGCUUUCUGGAACUACUCGAUAGAUCAAUUCGCCUUCCAUGAUAUCCCGGACACUAUCGACUACAUCCUUGCCACUACAAGUCAAAAGGCGCUAUCCUAUGUCGGCUUUUCGCAAGGAACCGCUCAAGCCUUUGCUACUCUUUCCAUUCAUCCUAAUCUGAACGAGAAAGUCAAUGUCUUCGUCGCACUCGCACCUGCUAUGGCUCCUCCAGGCUUGGCUAUGGGUAUUGUCAGCUCUUUUAUCAAGGCAUCUCCAGAAGUGCUAUUCCUACUAUUUGGUCGUAAAGCUAUCUUAAGCAGUACCACUAUGUGGCAGGCACUACUUUAUCCUGGCAUCUUCUCAUGGGUCAUUGACAAGGCUCUGCUUUACCUCUUUGGCUGGCAUGCUAAGAACAUUACCGCAUAUCAAAAACUGGCAGCUUACCCGCACUUGUUCUCAUUUAGUAGCACCAAGUCGGUCGUUCACUGGCUCCAGAUUAUCAGAAACGAGACAUUUCAGAUGUUUGAUGACGAAGUUCAGGCUCCUCUCUCCAUCGCAUCUGGUGCCAAGUACUACAAGGUCGCCAAGUACCCAACUCGCAACAUCAAGACCCCAAUUGUCCUUGUCUACGGUGGAAGUGACAGUUUGGUUGACAUCAAGGUCAUGCUCAAGGAACUACCCAGACACACAGUCGCCAAGGAGAUUCCUCACUACGAACAUCUUGACUUCUUGUGGGCUGAGGAUGUACACAGACAGGUGAUCCCACACGUACUUGAAGCUCUGGAGAGUUACUCUACAGACGCGGGACGGAAGAACAUAAUGUCACCCUUUAGACCUGCCCGUCCUCAAAGUCUGCUGCCUGCAUCAAUCCCUAGCUACUCGGAGGCGGAAAGCACGACAUGGGACUUUGCGAACGCGGAGAGCACAAGAGAUUCAAAGAGAAAGCUCCGAGCGUUCCGCGUGAGCUCGCCGCGACGUUCAUCGAUUAAGUCGCGAGAUCUGAGUGGCAAAACAUCUCCGGAGCUGUUCAGCGUCGGCUCGCCCGAUGUAUCUGCUAUCACCGAGCGAUCAACAAAUUCGCGGCCUGAGGGUUGGUGGUCGAGUGAUGAGGUCGCAGGGACCACGUCGGACCCGGCAACACCUGACACACAUAAUCAAGUCGGUAAAGCGGACCCGGAGACACCGGACGCAACUCCACUUGAGAACAAGGAGACGGAGAAGGAGACACCAGACCCAUAUUCAACGGAGCAACAUGCGCCUGAGACACCAGACACACGCGAUGAAGUUGAAAACAAGCAGCCGGAAACGCCAGACACAAGCAGUCAGUCUGAGAAGCAGCCUACCUCGAGACGAAUGAGCAGGCUGCCUGUCGUCCAAGGCAGUUCUGGCGCUGGACUUGGCCUAUCCUCCCCUCCACCUGCUGUCCCAUCUUCCGUUGCGGCUUUCAAAACUUCCGCCUCGUCUCCAUCAUCGCACAGGUCGAAGCCCAGCAUAGACAGUUUGCGAUCGGCGGCGGGGGAAGCCAGUUUCGGUGAACACGGUAUCAGCUUCGGUCUCGGAGGUAAAGGGCUCGUAGCGGAGGGCGUUGUGAGCAAGGAGAUUGGGGCUGCGCAGAAAUUGCGAGCUUUGGGUAACGAUGGCAGUGCUUCAGACUCGGGUAAGAAGCGAAAGGCAAAACAGCAGAUUGUGCGUCGAGAAUAGAUAUCUUGGUGGCAGUGAUUGUUUGAGCUUAGUACAUAGAUGCAUUGGAAAUCAGAAGGACAUAUACUCAAAUGAAAGAGAAAGUGAUCCCAGUCAAUUGCUGGAUCUGAGACACUUCAGGAGCAGAAGACAGACAUGACGUUGUGGAAUGAACAGAAAAUUAU